CCAAAGACAUCACAUUUAAUUCGUACUUCAAGCAGCCAGUGAGCUACUCGUCCAGCAUCGUGAAGAUAUCUGACAGUGUAAACAGAGCUGAUUCAGGUGUGAUCAAGAGCACCUAUUUCACCAGUGGUCUAGAGGAAAUCUUCAAAGAGAAUCAUGACGAAGACAACCUCCUCAGAUGGCAAUAUUUUGGCUCGGUUGAGGGUCUGGUUAGACUGUACCCUGGCCGAGAAUGGGACACCAACUUUGUGGGGUUCUACAAUGACUAUGACCCCAGGGUCAGACCUUGGUACAUCGCAGCCACCAGCGGACCUAAAGAUGUGGUCAUCAUCCUCGAUUGCAGUUACUCUAUGAAAGGAGAGAAAUUCAAGAUUGCCACAGAGGUCGUGAAGACCGUCUUAGAUACAUUGACCAAACAGGAUUACGUCAACAUCAUCUGUGCUCGGGCUAGUCACUGGGACGGAGAGGGAAAAUGGUAUUAUUACAGAACCGAAGUACAGAGCUGUAAGAAUGACACGCUGGUCCCGGCCACCACGGCACAUCGUAAAGACCUGUAUUCAAAGACAAUCAACCUUGUUCCUGGCGGGACCAGCGAACUCAAACAUGGUUUUCAGAAAGCCUUUCAGCUGCUUGGAGGCAGAUCAAGAACAGGAUGUCAAGCCCUCAUUAUCCUGGUGACUGAUGGGAAGGAUACGGACGGAGAACAUGUCAGAUGUGGGCCAGGCUACUACACCCGUAGUGGGUUUGUACCCGGACCUAUCUGCAAGUAUCAGUGGGAGAAGGUUUGGGAUGAGGUUGCCAUGGACAACAGUAAAGCUAGCCCCAGGGCAAGAAUUUUCAGCUAUCUCACCAAGGACGAUGGGGAGGAGUUUCCGGGCAAGCUGGCAUGCGAUCACCGUGGCAACAUGAGGAAGCUCCAGAAUGGGGAGGACCUCAUCUCCCAGAUGGAUGAUUAUUUCAAGUUCCUCUCCAACAACUCCCUGAACACCGAUGGUCUCUGGACAGCUCCCUACCUGGACUCUUGGGGUCUUGGGUUGAUGGUAACCAUUGCCAUCCCUGCUAUUAGCCAAGUUACAGGAAGUGUAAUAGGUGUGGUUGGUAUUGACGCCACUCUAGACGAGAUUGAGAACCUGAUCGUCAAUGAGCAAUGGGGAUCCGUCUAUGCUUUCCUGAUUGACAACGAGGCCCAGACUAUCUUCCAUCCACUGCUCAAACCCAGCAAGGCGCUCGUGGAUGAUCCCAUAUUCAUCAACAUUGCCAAGCUGGAACAGCCGGAAGGGAAGCCAGAGUCAUUCAGUAUCGUGGAGAAAGACAUGAGACAGGGCAUGAGUGGUUUCCUCUACAUCCCUGAUGCUAUUAGGGGAAUACCCAAGGGUGAUUUUGCAGAUGGAGUGAAGACACUACAGCAACCAGCAACAUAUUACUACACAUCUCUCAACCAAUCCGUCUACUCCUUUGCCUUCAACCUUGCCGAUACAGAUAGGAGCUUCAGACGUUUAGAGGAGCCUCCUGACAGAGAUCGCUACAACACCAGCUACUUCAACCUCCUCAUCGAGUACAACAGCUCACUCGCAAGAACAGAUCUACCAGGGGUCUUUGAAGAUAUCGAGGUGUAUUAUGACGUCCCUAAAUACCCGCAUUUACGGGUAUCGUACAAGUUCUCGUCGAUCCGCUUCGCGCCAAAAUGCUACUGCAAUCCGAAUGAUUUCCUCUUUGAUGACGAUCUUGCCACCAAGACGGUGAGGGCGCACAAGUUUUACAACGGCAACGACCCUGACGUGGGCUGCAAUCAUCCAGACGGUGUGUUUGAGCAGAAUACAAGAGCUGAUGUUUUAAUCACAUCUCAAAUCGAACCAAUAUGGAGGAACCGAACCUCGCCGCUUCUGAGAGACGUCAAGUGGACGUACAUAGGGUGCCGCAGCGGAGUGUUUCGCACAUACCCAGGUCAUAGGUCACGGAGACCAUAUGACCCAACAAAGCGUCCCUGGUUCCACAAAGUGAUCGUCAACCCUGACAAGACCACCAUCUCCACUGCUUACAUGGACGCAGCGGGGGUCGGCAAGAUCAUCAGUCUCUCCCAGGCUGUCUUUGAAGGCAUGGAGAACAAGACGAGGGAGUCGUGCGAGAAGCUGACGGGCAAGCUCCCCGGUGGCUGCGAGUGCCAAACCAACAAGGACUGCAUCUCGGGAAAGUGUUACAAGAGUGAAGCAAAGGGGUACACCAAGAACACCCGGUGUGCAUCGGAGAGGGUGGAGGCUGUUACCUCUUUGGAUAUCCUCUACAACGACUUCCACAAGAACGUGUACAGCAUCAUGCGCGAUGACGACAUGCCCUACUCCUGCGGGGACUACUACAAUUGUCCAAACGGAGAGCCAGGAUGCCAGACCAGAUGUUACCUGUUUGACAACUUUGCGAUGCUGAUCACCGACCCCAUCUUCCUGAACAUCAGCGACCUUGACACGGGCAAGUACAACCGUGUCCCGCUUGGUAAGAAGGAGGGUGAGAUCAUGCACGAUCUCAUCUAUCGUCACAGCUUCUUCCAGCGCAAGGAGCAGAUUGACUUCCAGGGGAGCUGCAGCGUCUCUCCUGGUGCCCCAAGGGUGUCUCUGGAUGGCAUACCCAAGACACCUGAAGACCUUGAUGACUUCUACCGUAACCGAGGUCCCAUCCCCUCAUUCUCAAACUCUGGUGGUUGCAUCCAAGAUGUGGUUGGCUACCAGGCUAACACCUCAGCUCUAGGAUCCACUGGUCUUCUAACUGGAAACAUCUCUGGCCCCUGCAAGUCUGGCUUCUACUAUCUGACUGCUCUACCAAAGACCAAUCUCUUCCUUCUGGUGGUUGAGAACUGGAGGAACACCAAGGAGAGUCUCUUCUUCAAUUUCAACUGCAGAAUCACCAACAAGGUGUCAGCAACAGGAGCGUUCAGGAUCAUCAACGGAACCUGCGCCCACACGGACGACAAGGUCUCCCUUGUGAUGCAAAACAAGUGCCCCAUCAUACGUGACGUUAACAUCCCGUGCAAGUAUAACUCCGCUCCACCGGACCGCAUCCGCACCGUCUCUGGGUUCUUCCUCCUCGCCUCCCUCCAAAUAUUCCUGUAUUUUGUGCUGACGGCCAUUGGAUGA